GCGUGUGCGUGUGUGUGUGUGUGUGUGUGUGUGUGUGUGUGUGUGUGCACGCACGUGUGUGUGUGCGUGUUUGUCAGUCUUGAUCCACCCUUGGGACAUCCAUUAACAAUUGCUUGAAAAUCCCUUUAAGCUUUACUCAUCAGGGGUUUCAGUUCUCAAACUAUAUUUCAUUAACAGGUGACACUCAUGAUGGAGGAGGAAAGAAAAGAAAACAAGAACCAAGAGCCAGAUUCUCCAACACUUCAAGAAAAACCUCAGGAAGCAAGUCACAAUGGUUCUGCACUGCCUGCAACAGUGCCCGAGAUCGUUCCCACACAGUCGUUCUCCUCCUUACUGCCGAAGGCUCUCUCUGCUGUGUUACACCCAAAAGUGACCCCCAGCCUGAACUCUGACCCCCAACCCAGCAGAGAUCCAAUUAAGAAAACCCCGCUGAACCUGGAGCAGCUGCAGACGGAGCUGAGAGACCUGAGGGACCACUUUGAUCAGAUGAAGAGUCAGCACAACAAAGAAAUUAAACUGCUGAUGAACGAGCUCGACGAGGAGAAAAGGAUCCGCUUGACUUUACAGAUGGAGAUUCAACGCAUGAAGAAGCACAUGUCUAAAUAGAGAAACUCACCAUCAACAAAGAAGUGAUCUGGAUUUGACAAGAUUAACUCCUGUUGUACAAAUAUCUGUAAAGAAAGAGUAUAUUUUUCUAAACAUUAAUAACACUUCCUGCUUCUUUUUGAUGACAGCAUUUUGACUUCAUUAUUUAUUUCAGUCUGGACUGUCAAACAGACUCCCAGAAGUACAAAAGUGAGGCUCGGUGAGAGCUGCACCAAGGUUCAAUGUAACUGUCUCUUAAACCGACAGGAGUAUCUGUUUAUGGGUCAGUUUGUUUAGUUUUUCUGUCUUUAGGCAGUGAAGUUAAAGGUUGCUUUAUUGGUACCUAUGGUAAGUUUGUUGUGCAGACAGGAUAGCAAAUACAAAUUCAAGGUUUAAAAAGACCAGACAGAACAUCAGGUCAUGGCAAAGUCCUUUACACACACCCACUCAAAGGUUUUCUGAAGUAUCUUGAGAUCUCAAUGAAGACAAACACGAGCUUCCUUUUCCAGAUUUAUUCUGAAUGUUGGCUGUUGUUCUGAUCUUGUUCUACAUCAAGGUUGAGUCAGAUUUCAGUGUUGAGCAGGCGGAGGGGGCGGGGGCAUGAAAUGAGUCAGGAGAUAAUCUGCAGCCUUGUUGACUGUAAUUUGUUUAUAAUAUUGUCUUUUUAACGGCUGUAAUUAGUUUGAUGAUCAUGUGAACGUGAGGCUUUUAUCGUAUUUCAGAUGUAUUUAAGUGUACAACAGGUUGGUGUUUGAAUGUACAAAAAUGAUUGUUCCGCUUCCUUCUCAGUGUUGACUUGUGCAUUGUGAACUUGUUAAAGAUUUGAGCCAUUGUUGAAAUGAGUUUUUAUUGCUAACAAAUAAUGAAUGCAUAUAUACAAAUAAAUAUAUUUUGGAAAAGUCUUGUUUGAUCGAGGAGGCAUUAAAUGAAACAUAGCUGAGAACAAAGUGUGCACGUUUCAAAGUGAUAAACAGUGAAUAAUUGUAGGCUACAAUUUCAGUCUUGAUGAGAAAUUUGAGAUAAUAAAUGUCAGAAACAUGUUUAACUUGUAUAGUAGCCUAUAUCUUCCUCACAGUCUCUCUUCACUGGGACCUGUAAAACUGUAAAAA